CAGCUCUGAAAUGCUGGAUGACCUGCGUGACAGGGUUAGUUUCCUUUGUCCCUCAGCGAACACCGUCUAACAUUUUAUCUUGCUUUUAUUUAUUGCUGUCGCGUACUGGACGAUACCACUAACACAAGGCCAGAUUGGCUAAAGGCACCACAUUUUUUCGUUAUUCUCUAUUUAAAUUUUUGUUUCAGGGGUUAAUUUAAUGCAAACUCGAUGGAAAUGCCAGGUAUAAAUCUUCAUAAUUGUGGUAUGGAUUAAAUAAGAUAAAAAAAACGAUGCUCCAAAAUCUCUAAUAGCGUAAAACCUACUUCAAAGUGAGAAUGUAGUGCGAGGGCUACACCUUCUGGCCUAUAGACAACAUUUUUUAAGAUAGAUUAAACAAUUAACACUUGCAUUUAUGUUUAAAUUGUGAAAUUAAAAUAAAAGUUAUUGCGUUUGGCUUUAUUGUAAAAAUAACCCAUGGGAGUUCCAUCGCACUGUAGUCCAUGACUGCUGACAGUACAGCAUAAUAUUUCCUCUCUAUAGAAGAGGGUGGGGCGCCCUCAAACGCCUCAUUACAACAGCAACUACACUCGCUGGCCAAAAACACUGCAGCCAUCUUGCACAGCUCAUCGAGAGAGAUACAACUCUGAAAUUAGCUUUGUUGGCUUGUUGUAAACCAGGUUAUUAUUUGACCUACAGUCGCACGGUACAAUUCUGAAACGGAACAGUUAUUGUGAUGGCCCAAGCAAUCCCGCAACAGUGAAGCAUUUGAUGAAAACAUUUCGUCUCCGGUACGAUGUUGUUCUGUCUCAGGCAUCCCGUGGAAUGACAGCUGAAGCCAUUGGUACCGCCUUUUAGAAUGCUGAGCAGCCAAUCACAGCUCGCCGGAGUCCCUGCACGGAGACGUUUUGCUGUUGUGCGCAGGCGCAUGUCAGUUGGUAAGUCCCUCACUUCUCAUAAGCUCGCAGGAGUGUGAAGAUGGCGGUCGGCCCCGGCCCGCUGGAUGAGCCUUUAGUGCAUACAGAGGUGAAUAAAGCGGUAGAUUACCAUCUUGUGCAGUCUGUAGAGUCACAGCUGUCGUUCUUGUGUCAAAACAACCACUUGAGCAGGCACGAGACAGUCGCUAAUUACAUGGCUUUAGUUCCGGGACAAGGGGGUAGCGCGAGCUAAUGUCCAGCUGGGACUUGGUCAAGACGCUUGCCGAAGCAGGUACGCUGUAACUACUAAUACUGUUUUCCUCUUUGUCUCUGCGAGUAAACACGAAAAGCAGGCACCGCUGCUGACAGUGAACAACAGUAAAUGUGUACGAACAUUGUCCCGUCACAUUCAGGAUUGUUUGUGGUGCUUCUAAACAAGUCAAAGUGCAGGGGGUCUCUUCAGAACGAGGUCCCUAUGGUUCAACUAUGGAUGCAUCGACGGCCAGCACGGAUCUCACCACUGGCAAAACACUUGUUGUUAGUGGCGGUGUAACUUCUCUCCCAAAUGCCCAGGGGAAAGUCGGCUCAUACGCUGUUCAGACUUUCAAUGGGAGCCAAACUAUGAACUCACACAAUUCAGGAAGCUCUACAGCUCUCAGAGGGUCGACGGUGACCACUGGUGUAUCUGUCCCAGCUGUCAGCAGUGGACCGGGGAUGUCAAAAGGGCUGAGCGGUGCGUUAAUGCCCCCCUCAUCAAACAGUGUUAUUCAGACUCCCCUCGUGAACUCACAGAGUGUUGUCGCAUCACCUCAGUCUGUGAGCCAGGCACCAGGAGCCACUGUGGCACUCGUCAGGCCGUCUAUGCAAACUGUGGGGUCGGGAACUAUGAAUGGAAACAAUAAUGCAACAGGUCAGAUGGGUAUCAACACACAGACGCAGCUUGUAAACAACAGUCAGCCGCUGAACUCGGUGUCUGUCAGCGCAGGAUCGCACAUUAUCAAGGCAGAACCCCCCACAACUAUAAUACAGUCAGCACCGCAGCCGGCUGUCGCUCCUGGAACCAUCAGCGCUCCUCGGGCUCCGGUAACGGUAUCUGGGGCUCCAGGCGGGAUCCGAGCCCUGCCCCCUCAGAUGUUGGCCCCAAGGCUCCCUCAAACCUCCCCGGGACAGCCCAGUAUAGGCCUGCACAACAUCCAGCUUCCCCCGGGAAUGAUGCUUGUGCGCAGUGAGAGUGGACAGCUGCUGAUGAUCCCUCAACAGGCUCUGGCCCAGAUGCAGGCACAGGCACAGGCACAGGGAGGCAUGGCACCUCGGACUGCCACGCCAACAAAUGUUCCUCCUGGCCAGGCUCCAGGAAACACCAUUAUUAACAGACAAGUGGCUCCCAGCACCAUCAUUCGUCAAGGCUGUCCAACUCCAACAUCACUCGCUGCAACCACCACUCUUCAUAGACCUCCUGUUCUUCAGAGCACAGUUGGAGCUGCAGUACCAGGAAUGACCCCCAGGACUGUCAGCCAAACAUCUGGGACUGCAGUUACUUCAGUAACAGUGAGCAAAGAGACUUUGGAGAAUGUGAAGAAAUGUAAGAACUUCCUUUCUACGCUGAUCAAGCUGGCGUCUACAGGGAAACAUUCAGCAGAGACUGCAGCCAGUGUGAGAGAGCUAGUUAAAGAUCUGCUGGAGGGCAAACUGGAAGCAGAAGAAUUCACCAGCAGAUUAUAUAAAGAGCUAAACUCCUCACCCCAACCUUACCUUGUGCCUUUCCUUAAGAGAAGCCUCCCAGCAUUGAGGCAGCUCACCCCAGACUCAGCAGCCUUCAUCCAGCAGAGUCAGCUCCCUCAGCUCACCUCAGCACCCGUCUCUUCCACCUCCCCAACCCCUACCACAGUGGUCCUGGGCAGUCCUGCCCCCCGCCUUGCUGCCCCGGUCAUCAGGCCCCAGCUCCAGCAAGUGGUCAGCAAACAAGGACAGACCCCCUCACUGGUUCUCCAACCACAGCAGCAGAGAGCCAUGCUGAGAUCUCAGGUAACCUUACCAACGACUCCCAUGGUGACUCUCAGGAAUCAGGCCCCUGGACGCAUCAUAGUGGGGCAGCAACAAGUUCAGCUCAAAGAGCUACAACCAGUCCCUGUGAGACCGGAGGGGCCGUCUGUUUGUAAACAAGUGUAUGGUGCAGCGUUGACCCCAGCUCAAAAGAACAAGCUGAAGGAAGCAGGCGGCACUUUUAAAGAUGAUGACGACAUCAACGACGUGGCCUCCAUGGCUGGAGUGAACUUAUCAGAGGAAAGCGCUAAUAUCCUCGCAACCAAUUCUGGACUAGUGGGAGCUGUGACACAUUCCUGUAAGGACGAGGCUUUCCUCUCGUGUGCUGUACUUCAGAGGAGAAUGCUAGAAAUUGGCAGGCGGCAUGGUGUUACAGAUCUUGGUGCUGAGGUUGUGACCUUCCUCUCCCAUGCUACUCAGCAGCGGCUCCAGACCUUGAUGGAAAAAGUUACCCUGGUGGCCCAGCAGAAAAACAUCAGUUUCAAGCAGGAGGAUGACAAUUAUGAGCAGAGCAGUGAUGUUCGUGUUCAGCUUAAGUUCUUUGAGCAGCUGGACCAGUUAGAGAAACAACGGAAGGAGGAGCAGGAGCGAGAAAUCCUCCUCAAGGCAGCUAAGUCUCGAGCUCGGCAAGAGGACCCAGAGCAGCUGCGUCUGAAACAGAAGGCAAAAGAGAUGCAGCAGCAGGAGCUGGCUCAGAUGAGACAGAGGGAGGCCAACCUCACAGCUCUGGCAGCCAUUGGCCCAAGGAAGAAGAGGAAGAUUCUGGACUCUCCAUCCUCGUCUGCUGCUGCUGAGGGAUCGGGAUCAGGUCCCUCUGUGCCUGGCGGGGCUGGUUCAUCAGGCUCCAGACCCACACGGCAGCGCAUCACACGUGUCAAUCUCAGGGACCUGCUCUUCUGUUUGGAGAACGAGAGAUUUACCAGUCGCUCCCAUUUCCUCUACAAGGGCUUCCUCAAAUAGGCUUGAUGUCAGAGAGGAGAGGAGGGAGGGGUUAAGUGUGUGGAGAGACCAGCCGCUCCUACCACAGAGAGAGCUUUAAGAGACUCUUAGAAAUGAAGAGAAGGAAAGCAGCAACUUGGCACAUUUCAAGGUCUUUCAGUUACACAUGAUAACCUGAAAUACUGUAGUAGUCAUAUAGGAUGGCCCCUCUACCUCUCUCCUCAAAUAGUGCUUGUGUUAUUUUCAGAGCAGUCAUGGACUGAUUCCCCUUUAUUUUCUCCAUAAACCUUCAACAUGUGUUUUCUGAGGAUGAUUUUUUAUAAGAACAAAUUACCUAUCGUACGAUUAUGCAUCAUCACACAGUACAGUUUCUUUUGGAUUAUUUGUUUGUGUGCAUUAGGCUUUAAAGUACUGAAAAUCAACAGAUGUGUUUUGAAUUGUUUUUAGACCGCCUACUCAUUUAACUUUGACUAGUGAUUUUAUUUUUACAUUUUUUGUCAACUUAACUAGUUUGAGCAUCAAACUGUAACCUACUGAGUUGCCUUCCUAACUAUGAAUAAGCCAUAUAGCCAUCCUUGAAGCAAAUAACCCUUCUGUAACUCCUGAAGCAGUAGCUCCUUCUCUGUCAUCCAUAUUACUCUGUUUGAUUUUUACAGCAUAUUUAUUUACUAAACUCAAGCUCAAAUGAAUGUUUAGCUAUUUAUUUAAUUUCAUGUGACACCUCAUUUGUUUAGUGUAGCUUCAAUUUUAAGGAAAAUGUUCAUUUUUAUUGUGUAAGAUGUGCUUUUAAUAUGUUGGGUUUAUAGUUUUCAGUGCAUGAAGAGAGGUGUGCACUUUGGUUUUGUUUUUCAAUUUGUUUAAUCGUUCUCUUUAAGAAUAGUUUGAUUUUUAAAACUUCAACAGGUUUCAGAAAGCUUUUAACCUGUAUUGCUAUACCAAACAUACAUCUACUGGAUACUGAUUUCUAUUUUUGUAGCUGCCCACCAACACAUUUUUACUCUUUUAAUAGUGACUGACCAUGUCCUCCGACUUGAGAAACUGGAGUUUCUUCCUUGUAUAUUUGUAAAUGUUACAUCUAAUGUUUUACACACAGUUUUGUAUAGAAUUGAGAAUCUAUCAAUACAGCAUAAAGAAGAAACACAUUUUCUCUAUCAAAAAGUUUAAAUAAAUAAUGAUUUUACAGUA